UAUUUACUAAUUCUUGUUGAUGAUUAUGACGAAACGCGUGCUUAAAUAAAAAUAAAUCUUUAAGAUUUUAUCACAUGUGUUGUAUGUUUACUUGAUACUAAUUGUGCAAUAUACAAUAAUAAUUAUCACGUAGUUAAGUGCUUCAUUUAAGAUCAAAAUAAUUAGUUAACAAUGAAGAGAAUAAAUAAUAUGGAAGUGAGUGAUUCUUAUCACACACCUAAUAAAGUGAUGCUCGUUGAAUCUUCAACGGGAGUAAAUUUAGUCAACAGAUAUGCAGCGACUAAAUCAUCACCGCAAGAUUUAAUUGCACUGGCAAUGGAAAUUGAGAAAGCAGACAAUUUCGUGAAAGCAAAUGCGAAAAAUAAAUUACAUGUAAUUGCUGAACAAAUGAGAUUUUUAAAAAAUCAAGCUCAGAAAGUAUUAAUUGAAGCUAAAGAAAAUGACAUGUUACACCACGCUGCCUGUAAUUUUGUAAAGCACCCAGGAAAUAUUUAUCACUUGUACGAAAAACCAUCCGGACAAUUUUAUUUUUCAAUGCUGAGUCCUGAGGAAUGGGGCGACGGAGCACCAUUGCAAGUCUAUAAAGGUUCUUACAGACUAGAACAUGAUCAAUCUUGGACGCCAGUGUCUCAAAUAAAAGCUAAGGAUGCUGAAUUGAAUGUAUUUGAUAAAUUUUUAUUCAAAAAUCAAACACUGCCAUUAAAUUCUCUUGAAGUAAUGAGCAUCGAUUACUAAUACAAAUAGCUAAUUUGUUAAUAAAUUAAUUAAACAUCUUUAAAUAUUUUAAUAUGCUUGUCAUAAAUUAAAAAAUCAAACAUUA